AUGAAGAAUGAACGUCGGCGAUGUCGGCCACUGGGUAAAUACGGCGGCGGCGGCGGAGAGGAGACGCGCCGCGCCGUGCCGUCGCCCCAGACAGAUGGCGCCGCCUCCUCGGCAGGUCGCACCGCCGAAUGUAUCACCCGCGCCGGCUUCGCCCCGUCCAUUCACCAACCGACCGGCGCACACCGCGCCCUGCGGCCCCCGCGGCACGGGGCACGUCGAGACGAUUCGUUUACGUCCGUUAAUGAAGCAUUUCUCCAACUGUUGCGCCCGUGCGAUGUGUGGAGAGUGGCUGGUGCUGAGCGCGGUGUGGUGGUGUCCGCAGGCAAGUGGUGCCCGCGGCGGGACUGGCAGUCGCCGGCGGACGCGCGGGCGGCGAGCGAGGCCCGGCGCGGAGUGCUCUACUCGUCCGUCUUCCUGGGCAGCCCCGGUGAGUACAACGGUAUUACACGUGUUGCUUUCUGCGAGUCGGCGGUGAUAAAUCACGCUGACCGGGCGGCGGCGCGGGCGGCGUGCGCGCGCGCUGGGCCUUUACGACGGAGCGCGGCGGUGGCCCAUCUGCCUUCACCGCCCGCGGACGGUGCAGUACGGGAGGGUGAUGGGCUCUCUGCUGCAAUGUGUGUGUCGUGA